AUGGACUGGGACGACUUCCAUCGACGCGCCAAGCGUGUUGUACCACAACAGGAGCUCAAAGCACGCCGGUGCUGGAUUGGUGUGCUCGAUCACCGCAAGUCUACGCAGGAUGACUUCAAGGAAACCGAUUUCUUAUGGAUGAUAGGCCACAAUAAAAUUCCUAUCAAUAAGAUUCAGGAUACUUACGAGAAACGGCAUGAUCUUAUCGGUGUUCGCAUUAGUUACAAAGGCUGUGUCGUCGACCAAAGCGAUAUCGUCAAGUCAUUCUUAGUGCCAGAAGACAGUGUCGUGGUCUUUAAUGCCGUAGACCCGCUCAACGCAACGGUACAACAUCAAACACAAGACCCUCCAUUGCUCAGGGAAGAGCUCAUUCAAGCCGAGAUCCCGCGUCGGCACCAGGAGAUUGAGUCUGGUCACGAUGCUAAGCAAACAGCAAACAACCAUGUCAACCCUGGAACAAUGGGAAGAGAACCACUACGCUAUGGUGCUGAGACAGCCUCCAUUUCCUCUCACGGUGCAUCAGGCCAUUCGGCAACUCAACAUAAUCCCAGCUUUGCUUCGCCGUUGACCUCGAGGCAUACCAGUACUUUGAGUAGCCGCGCACCUGCACUCGACUCAGAUAGGUAUCCGCCGUGGUCUCAAUCACGGUCUCCUGUUCAAUAUUCUGUGCCAAACCGAUCUCAUCCGCUACCAUGGCGCUCUUCUAGUGAACUAAGCACACCGUCAAUUCCAGGGGACAAUUUCCGCCAGGCAAUUCCUCGACCAACCGCUGCUUCAGUUACGGAGGGUGCAGCGCAAGCUGCUCAUCGUGAACCUACUGAUGCGCGUCCUGCGGCACCAUCGAUGUACCCAAUGAACAAUUGUUCCGCCGUCAAGGAGGAGAGACAGUCGCCAAUCCCUUUGCAACAUACGUCCCUUCCUCAAGAUGGCCAUAUGGAGCCGGAAAGCAGUUUUGACCCGGAAAAGAUUUUCAACAGAGAUGCCUCGCCGGAACAAGAUGUCCAAGAAGAGUUGGGCUCCGUUGAUCGAUGCAUUCGCUCAGUCAUUGAGCUACGAGACCCUGACAUCCUUGAGGCUGGCGUUUCCACAUCGCUCAAAGUUCUCGCAAGCCUUAAAGACAAGUUUCUAAAAUACUCUUUAUCUAAUGCGGACGCUGCGGCAUGGGUACAAGCCAUUGAGAAGCUCAUUCCCCAAGCGCAGCGAAAGCGCACUGUGGUCGGCGUAGUGGGCAAUACUGGAGCUGGGAAGAGCAGCGUCAUCAACGCUAUGCUUGACGAAGAGCGGCUCGUACCUACCAAUUGCAUGCGUGCUUGCACUGCGGUGGUUACCGAGAUCUCGUGGAACAGCAGCACCGACCCAGGCUCUAAAUACUGCGCCGAGAUUGAGUUCAUCAGCCAGGCGGACUGGGAGAAGGAACUCACAGUUCUUUUACGCGAGUUCCUUUCUGAGAAUGGUUCUCUCUCGCGCGAGGCGCAGGAUCCCAAUUCUGAUGCCGGUGUUGCAUGGGCAAAGUUCCAUUCCGUCUACCCGUCGGUCGCCAAAGAUGCUUUAGGUGACUGCACCAUUCCUUCGCUCAUGUCCAAGCGAUCCGUUGUCGACGUACUUGGAACUACCAAAAAGAUACGCACGGCUAGACCGCAGUCUUUCUAUCGAGAGCUCCAACGCUACGUGGAUAGUAAAGAGAAAGUCGCCAAGAAGGACAAGAACAAGGAGAAGGUCUCCAAGCCAGCUUUCCAAACUGAGUACUGGCCCUUGAUCAAGGUCGUCAAAAUCUAUACGAAGAGUCAUGCGCUCUCGACUGGUGCAGUCAUUGUGGAUUUGCCGGGUGUUCAUGACAGUAACGCUGCGAGAGCUGCUGUUGCUCAGGGUUAUAUGAAGCAAUGCACUGGUCUUUGGAUCGUUGCUCCUAUCAAUCGAGCUGUGGACGACAAAGCCGCUAAAACCUUGCUUGGAGACUCUUUCAAACGGCAGCUCAAAUACGACGGCGGCUUCUCCAGUGUUACAUUCAUCUGCUCUAAGACAGAUGACAUCUCUAUCACUGAAGCAAUCGACAGUCUCGGGCUCGAAGAGAAUGUUGCAACGUUUGAAGAAGAACAGGAACGCCACGAUGAGCAGAUAAAGCAGAUUCGGAGCAAGAUUCAAGAGUUGAACGAAUCGCGAGAGGUCUAUAAGCUUGCGAUGUCGAGCGCAAGUGAUGACAUUGAGGUGUGGGAAUCACUCCAGGAGCAACUGGACGACGGGAAAUCUGUGUUCGCACCCCAGCCCAAGACUUACAAACGUAAGAAGGCCGUCUCGAACAAGCAGGCACGCAAAAGGAAACAGCUUUUCGAUGACGAUACGGAUGAUGAUUUUGAGGAUUCCGAUUCCGAUGAGUCUAGGAGCGACGAUGAAGUCACAUUCCAGGAAGAGAGGAAGCGGCUAUCCGAGACUGACAUCAAAGAGAAACUGAAGGAGCUAAGGGAAACGAAGAAGAAUGCUAGGCGAGAAGGGAUAGCAAUCAAGCACUCUAUCGACGACCUGAAACCUCAAAUUCGAGAACUGGAAAGAAAGAAGGACGAAAUCAAAGCUGAGAUCAGCCGCAUCUGUAUUGCAGGCCGAAACCAGUACUCCAAAUCGGCUAUUCAGCAGGAUUUCGCUGCCGGCAUCAAGGAAAUCGACCAGGAAAACGCGGCCGAAGAAGACGAAGACAACUUCAACCCCGAUGAGGAGAUGCGCGACUACAGCCAGGUUGCUAGGUCUCUGCCAGUCUUUUGCGUCAGCAGUCGCGCGUACCAGAAAAUGUGCGACCGAAUGCAAAAAGACGAUGAAGUGCCCGGAUUCCUAACACCCGAAGAGACAGAAGUGCCCCAACUCCAGAACCAUUGUAAGAAGCUUACUGAAGGCGGACGCAUCCAAACUAGCCGCGCGUUCUUGACCAGCGUCUGCCAGAUAUUAACCACUUUCAACCUCUGGAUGUCAAACCACGGGGCGGGUUCGAAGAUGACGGACGAGGAAAAGCGCAAGCAGGCCAGCUACCUAGGGCGGCGGCUUACUCAGUUAACGGAGGGAUUAGAGGCAGCCAUUGGUGCUUGCAUCAAAGAGAUGCGAUCUGAGAUGAAGACUCAAAUCUUCGACAAAUGCCCAGAGCUCAUCAACAAGGCCAUUGAAUCUGCACCAGCUACAGCACAUGCUUGGGGUUACAAGGAUCAAGGUGGCCUCGCGUGGGGAUCCUACAAGGCAGUCGUUCGACGCGACGGCGUUUAUCAUUCUUCUGCGGCCGGCCACCGUGACUUCAACUCCGAUCUUGUGGAUCCCAUCAUCAAGCAACUAGCAACGGGUUGGGAGCGAGCCUUCCAGACGCGCCUUCCAAAAGCAUUCGAUGCGUAUAUCGGCAAUUCAGGCACGCUUCUUCACAAGUUUCACGAAGCCAUAGAAGAGCGUGCGAGGACCAGCGGCGUUGGCCUGGCGAAUCUCUCAAUCUUAAAGACACAGGUCUGCAACUACGAGCAGCUGUUUAAGGAUCUUGGGGUUACGCUCAUCACUCAAAUGAACGAACUCCAGCGCGAAGCGAACCGUGACUUCAGCCCUUGUAUCGCAGGCAUCAUGCAUGACGUAUACGAUGUGUGCACAGAAGAGCGUGGCGCUGGAUCUUACAAGCGCAUGAAACAACACAUGGAAGAUCAUGUGGAGCGGGAGCGACACAGAAUGUUCCAUGAAGCCAUCGCCACAGUCAACAAGCACCUUGACGACAUGUGUAAAGCACUACAAGAGUCAAUGGAAACCAAGGUUGAUGAGAUUUUCGUGCAGAUGGAUAGGGACUAUACCCGAGUGCUUGGUGGCGCGGCUGGCUGUCAGCCCCUUAAUCUGCAAUCAAAAGAAGAGAGGGAGCUGAGGUCGGAAAUCAGAGAGAUUUUGGCAGGUAUCGAUGCGCAAUUUGAGCCCAUCGCUCGCGGCGACAUCUUAGCAGAGAAAGAUACAGAAAACAGUACAGCCGAGGGAGAAGAGCAGAUGGACUUUGACGUGGAGGACGACCGCAGCAUCGUUGAUUCCGCACAGGACUCCGUCGAGGAGGACGUUGAUGAGGCAGCUCCGAUGGAGACUGAAUCAUCUAUGUCCAAGAACGGUGGCGACCAUGUCGACCGGCGUGCCCGAGUCGACGACGUGGUAGAUGAGGAGAUGUAG